AUGAAGUCAAUCGCACAGAUGCUGAUUCUGUGCUUGGCCUUGCCUAUAGCCAGGUGCUUUGAAGGGACACCGCAAGACAACACCAUUCACCCAGUGGCCCCGCCAGAGGAAGGCUCUUCGGAUUGGGGGAUAGGGACCAUCCGGGACGGCUUUGAAGCGGUGAACAGUUAUUUCGACUCCUUCUUGGAGCUGCUGGGCGGGAAAAAUGGAGUCUGUCAAUACCGGUGCAGAUAUGGAAAGGCACCAACUCCCAGGCCAGAAUACAAGGCUCCAGAGCCCAAUGGUUGCAGUUCCUAUUUCCUGGGUCUCAAGCUGGAUCUGGGCAUCCCAGCCAUGACCAAGUGCUGCAACCAGCUGGAUGUCUGUUAUGACACCUGCGGUGCCAAUAAAUACCGCUGCGAUGCCAAGUUUCGCUGGUGCCUGCAUGCCAUCUGCUCCGACCUCAAGCGUAGCCUUGGCUUCGUCUCCAAAGUGGAAGCAUGUGAAUCAGUAGCUGAUACAGUAUUCAAUACUGUCUGGACUCUGGGCUGCCGCCCCUUCAUGAACAGCCAGAGAAGUGCUUGCAUCUGCAACGAGGACGAAAGAGAUGAAUUGUGA